GCCUUUUUUUUGGUGCGUCACUUUGUCGUGUGGAAUCAUUGCAGUUGCAUCAAUUACAUAAUUGUUUAAUUUAUUUUGCUAAGAACAAAAAAAAACCUUUUUCUCGUCAAACUUGCGUGCCUUUUGUCGACUAAUCGUUAUGAGCAAACCAAAGAAAGUUAUGGAUAUGCGCAAAGCUGGUAAUACAGCAAUGGAAAAGGCAAAGUACGAAAAAGCCAUUCAAAUCUACACCGACGCAUUGCUGAUUCGCAAUAUUAGUUUGGAAGACAAAGGAGUGCUACACUCUAAUCGGUCCCAUGCCUACUUCAUGUCUGCUUUGAAAAAGCCCGACAAUUAUGAGGACAAGCUUCAAUCAGCUUUACAAGAUGCAAAUGAGGUUAUAAAGAUUCGACCCACUUGGUGGAAAGGAUACUUCCGCGCUGGAGUAAUCUACAAACAUCGACAAGAAUGGGAUAAAGCAAUAGAGUGUUUUGAGGAGGCAUUGUCCUUAAAUAGAAAACUGGCAGAUGUUAAGGAUUGUCGUGACGAAUGUCGGUUUGACAAAAUACAGGCGGAAAGCGGUGGUAAUGUUAUGUCGCAUGGAUUUAAGGCAGAAAUUGACAAGACCAAUACAUUACAAAAAAAUAGAAGUAAAUUGCAAGUUGAACUCAUCAUAAAAAACUACGAGAAAUUACUGAAAUCUAAAGAUCCGAGAAUGCGUGCAUUAGGCUGCGUAUUUUUUGGUGUUCGAUAUGUGAAAGGAGUCGAUGUUCCGCAAAAUCCUGCAAAGGGAAUCGCUCUACUGGAGGAAGCUGUAGAGGCCGGAUCACCGGAAGCAAUGGUAGAAUUGGGAAUCUUUUACAUGCUAGGAAAGGGUGUUGGACGGAGCAUCAGGCAGGCAGUAAGAUUAUUUGAGAAAGCAGCUAACGCCGAUCCAAGGCACCGGAAUUUACUGGGUGGUGAAUGUGACGGAAUUGCUUAUGCCCAAUUUCACAUCGGUUUAUGUUACGAAAACGGUACCGGGAAACCUUCGGAUUAUCAACAAGCGUGCCGUUGGUACGAAAAAGCUUCAGCGAGAGGUCAUGCUGGAGCUGCAAACAACUUAGCUGUUUUGUACUCGGAGGAACUAGACGACGAAAAAUGUCUUACGAGAGCAAACAAGUAUUUCAAAUUGGCUGCGAACAGAGGCAACUACAUGGCAAUGGAAUCAUUGGCAUGGAAAUAUUUAUGGGAGAAAGAUGUGGAGCCGGCCGAAAGCUGGUAUCUCUUAUCACUGGAAUCAGGAAAUCAACACUCGAUUCAGAACAAAGACAAGUUCUAUAAAGCCUUGGAGAAUGUUCGAAUAUUCAUAAAAGACUUGGCCGCUACGUCAUCAUUUGACGUUGCUAACGUUAACCCGGACGAUCUAGCAAACCUCUUUAACUCUGUAGAAAGAAUCACCUGUGACAAGAGAACUAUAUCGAAAAUUGAGAAUUUAGCCGGUUCGACCGUAUCAAGAUAUUGGGGAGACUACGAAAAGAUUAAACGACGAGCUGAAACCGGUUAUCCUUUCGCAAAAACGGUGCUGACGUCUAUGUGCUACUUUGCGGAAAGUAGCCAUUGCUUCAGUCAGUUAUUCUCAAGGAAAAUGACCGCCGCCGAAGUUAAAUACAUCAAAGAGAAAGUCAUCUAUAAUUUGGCUAAUUGUUUACGUGCGAGCGAAAUAAUCGUCUAUUUACAACCUUGGAAAAUACCGCUCCUUUUCGAAAUUUGUGAGGGUAUGGUAGCCGGCCAAAAGUCGUCACUAGAUCUGGUUGCGAGAAUUGUAUACUGUUACUUGCUGUCGAUGUCAAACAAUUCAGAGUUCUCUUGCUUUUCACGAAUCUGCUUACGAAUGUAUCCAGAUGAAGUAUUCUUCUAUAAGAUACAAGCGGCUUUCUUCGCUCUCCGACAAAACUUCGAAGAUUCAUUAGAAGUGUGUGAUCAAGGAUUGGAAAGAUUCCCGAUAGACGAGUGUCUGCUCUACUGUAGAGCCGAAGCAAUGAAGUUUAUUGAAACAAUUAGUAAAGAGUCGGUGGUUGAGGCAUACAAGGAGUUCAUUGAGUAUGCUCCAUUCGAUGAGCGUUUGAUCCCAGAGGCCAACUAUAUGAUUGCAUAUCACGCAUCGGAUGAGGAUGAGCGAGAACUUUAUUAUAAAAAAGGCAUCGAAGCCGAACUUCAUAUGCUUCCGUGUUUGCUGCCGUACCAGUCCAGAUCGAAGACUUUAAUGGACGCAUUCAAUACUAUGGGAAUCGACGAUAACGGUGGAGUGCCAAAUUCAAUGGCAUCAGCUGCACCAAGAAAUCCAAAAUUGUCGGAUACUAAACGAACUCAUUGUGUUGUACGUCACCGGGAAACGCUAAAGACAAUGUCCGAAUUGAUGGAAGGCAAUCUCGUUGACCAGUUGAAAUUCACUCCGAAACACGGACAAAAACUGUCGAAAUGUCCGGACAACAUCAGGGAAAUCACUCUACAAGAAAUGCAUCCACAAAGACAGGUGGUGUACACGGAACGUUUUAUCAAUCUUGUGAUCUGCGAAGAUCCAAUGUUUGGUUUGCUAUCGGCUGUUCAUGUCGUUGUUCGUGACGACAAUUUUGACUUCAUCAACUGUUCAUUCUACAAUCUUCGACACAGCGACAAGACUGUUCGACAAAGUCUUGCUUUUGGAACAAAGAUUACCAUUGUAAAUCCGUAUCAUCGUGUGGCCGUGGAUGGUAAUGUCUCUUUGAAAGUGCAUGAGCAAAGGAUGAUUAUCUAUCGCGGAAGUGGAAAAGACAAUCCAAUCUGUCGGUAUUGUUUUAAAGAAAAUCCUCAGCAUGCGUGUGGCGGUUGCAGACGAGUCAAGUAUUGCAGUCGAAGUUGCCAGAGCGAUGACUGGAAAUAUUUGAAUCAUAAAGCUAUUUGCGGUUUGAAAUAUUUUGAUUGGCUAUAAUUUCAACUUAUAAUAUUGUGUUUCUGUUUCACAUCUUUUUUUUAAUUAUUUUCACUGACAUUUUCCGAAGAAAGCAUUUUUGUAAUUUAAAUUUCCCUCUUAAAUGACUUCAAUUUUAAUAAAAACAAUUUUAAUUU